CUACACGUGAUAUUUAUUUUUAUAUUUGACACUCCCAUUGUUUUAUUAAAAUUGAAUAAGUUUAGAUUUAUUUUACAAACAUUUAUAAACUUCAUUAAAAACUACUACAGAUAUAUUAUUCAACAUAUUCAUUUGAGUAAAUGCGGUGUUUUACCAGUUUUUGUUCUGCUAUUGUUAUAGAAGCAAUAUCAUGGUAAAUUAGUGUUAUUGUUACCUAAGAUGAGUAACCCAAAUUUUAGUUAUCCUUUCAGUGCUCAAGAUGAGAAUGAGGUGACAGAAGCGCAUGUAGAUAAUCAAUUAAUUUCUUGGAGAAAAUUACUUUUAAGCAAAGCAAAGUUAAAAGCCUCAAGUCGCACCUCUGGAUUAAUGUCUGGUUUUGCUAUGGUUGCUAUGGUGGAGAUAACAAUAUCUGAAAAAGAUGUUUUACCGCCUGUAUUAUGGGUAUUAUUUAGCAUUUUAACUACAGUUUUAAUCUCAGUUCAUGUAUUUGCUCUUAUGAUAUCAGUAUGUAUAUUACCAAAUAUAGAAACUAUUGAUGAAUUACACGGAAACACAUAUGCCGGACAAAAUGGUGCACCAAAAACAUUACCGACCGAUUCUCCUCAUCUGAAACUUCAAAUGUACAUUGAAGUGGCUUGGAUAUUUAGCACCGGACUUGGUACGCUUCUAUUUUUGAUUGAAAUCCCUGUUUUAAUGUGGGUUAAAUUUUAUAGCACUAGUCGUCCAGCUGCGGUUGCAUGCACCAUCAUAAUGGUUCCAGUCUGUAUAGUUUUUGUUAUUUUUGCUAUUGUCUUUUACCGUAAGUUAAUUAAACAUAAAUAUGACAGGAGUUCCCAUGAAAUCGAAGAGAUGGAAAACCUAGCAAAACAGCUAAGCAAAAGUAAUUUGACUUUUUCUGAAGGCAUGAAGUAGUUUGAAUAACUUACGAACGGAGUAAUUAUGUUUGAAUACAUGCAAUAACACAAA